AUGAAGAUCGGACUUUGCGCUUACAGUGGUUACAAAAUCUAUCCUGGCCAUGGUAAAACUAUGGUUAAGGUGGACGGUAAGUCCUUCACAUUCCUGAACUCAAAAUGUGAAGCGGCACAUCUCAUGAGGAGGAAUCCUCGCAAAGUAACAUGGACCGUGCUGUACAGACGCAAGUUCAAGAAGGGCCAAGAGGAAGAACAGGCCAAGAAACGUACACGAAGAACGCAGAAGUAUCAGCGAGCCAUUGUUGGUGCAUCACUCAGUGACAUCAUGGCUAAGCGUAACAUGAAGCCUGAAGUGCGCAAAGCACAGAGGGAACAAGCUAUCAAAGCUGCAAAGGAUCAGAAGAAAUCUACAAAGGCGGCCAAGAAGACCACAGCGCCCCCAACCAAGGCCAAGGCACAACCUAAAGCUAAGGCCGCUAAAGUCAGUCAAAAGUCAGCCCCCAGAGUAGGAGGCAAACGAUAA